AUGAGUCAAACACGGAAGAAAAAUUCUUCAGAUGGAGAAACUAAACCCCGGACUUCAUUUGUCAACAAAUUCCUCAGGGGCUCAAAACUUAUGUCCUCCAAAGCUGAAAGCAGAAAAGAGAGCAAUGACCUUGCAACAACUGAUUUCCAACCCAGCAACGAUGCACAGAAAACAGCCACUUUAGAUACGGCUCAGCCUCUCACUUCAGACGAGGAUUGGGGAUCCAGGAUGGAAAAUGAGCAGUUCCUGCAGAAGCUGGGCAGAACGGCUGUGGACAAGUGUCUAGAUCUGAAUAACUGCAGACUAACGGCAGCGGACGUGAGGGAAGUGGUUGCUUUGCUGCCUUUUCUCCCAGACUUGGAAAAACUGGAUAUUUCCUGGAAUGAUUCUGUAGGUGGAAACCUCCAUUCAGUCACCCAGCAAAUGCAUCUCGUCAGCAAGUUAAAAAUCCUGAGGCUGGGAAGUUGCAGACUUACCACGGAUGAUGUUCGAGCCCUGGGAGAAGCACUCAAGGUGGUACUUGAACUGAAAGAGCUGAACUUGUCCUGGAACAGUGAAGUGGGAGGAAAUUUGCCUCUGACCCUCCAGAAGUUCCAAGAAGGGAGCAAGAUACAAACGCUUGAGCUUGUGGAUUGUGACCUCACAUCUGAAGAUGGGGCAUUUGUGGGUCAGUUGCUACCCAUGAUGCAAAAUCUCGAAGUCCUUGAUCUUUCCAUUAACAGAAACAUUGGUGCCAGUCUGAACAGUAUUGCUCAGGGAUUAAAAAGUACCUCAAAUCUGAAAGUACUGAAGUUACACUCUUGUGGACUAUCACAAGAGAGUGUCAGACUACUGGAUGCUGCUUUUAGGUCCUUGUGUGAACUGAAGAAAUUAGACCUUUCCUACAACAGGGAGCUGGGUGGGGGUUUUGAAGACUCAUCAGCUCAGUUGGCCACGUUGGAGCAUCUAGAAGUUUUGGAUCUUCACCAGUGCUCGCUAACAGCAGAUGAUGUGAUGUCACUGACCCAGGUAAUCCCUUUACUCUCGAGUCUUCAAGAGUUGGAUUUAUCUGCCAACAAAAAGAUGGGCAGCUCUUCUGAAAACCUCCUCAGCCGGCUCCGAUUUUUACCAGCACUGAAGUCCUUACUCAUCCACAGCUGUGCUCUGGAGAGUGAGACUUGUACCGCCCUUGCUGAAGCCUCCACUUACCUCCCUGCUCUGGAAAUAUUCGACCUUUCUUGGAAUAAAUGUGUUGGUGGCAACCUGAAGCUGCUUCUGGAAACACUGAAGUCCUUAGCGUCCCUUCGAGUGCUGAGACUGAGCAGCUGUGGCCUGGUGACAGAAGACGUGGCUCUCCUAGCAUCAGUAAUACACACAGGUCACCUGGCCAAGCUACGGGAGCUCCACCUGAGUUAUAAUGACAGCAUCUGUGAUGCAGGAUGGGCCAUCUUCUGCCAAAACGUGCGGUUCCUCACAGAGUUGACCGAGCUGGAUAUUAGCCUUCGGCCAUCAACUUCUCGGGAUUGCGGACAAUGGUUUAGACACUUGUUAUGUGCUGUUGCCAAACUUUUGGAGAUCACAGAGAUAGGAAUGAAAAGAUGGAAACUCCCCACUUCACAGGAGGAAGAACUAGAACAUUUUCACCAAGAUCACAGACGCAGCAUUCACUUUGACCUUGGUGAGUUUCAGUAA